CGGUAAUGCAACAAAUCGGAUGCCAACUGCUUUAAAAUUACCGAAGAAGAAGAAGGAACAUAAACAAGAAGCACAGAGAAGGCUACAAGCUUGUAUGUUUUAUAGUUAAUGUUAGACAUUUUUUAUUGUAUCCAAUAGUUCAGACCUGCUAACACAGUAAGGAUGGGGAAGCGACAGCAUCAAAAGGACAAAAUGUACAUCACAUGUACAGAAUAUACCAACUUUUAUGGAGGGAAACGAGCAGAAAUUCCCCAGGCAAACUUUAAACGACUUCCAUUUGACCACUGCAGCUUGUCCUUGCAACCGUUCGAGUAUCCAGUCUGCACCGAGGACGGGGUGGUAUUUGACCUGCUGAGCAUCGUCCCAUGGAUUAAGAAGUAUGGAACUAAUCCAAUCUCUGGAGAAAAACUGGAAGCGAAGUCUCUUAUUAAACUCAACUUCGCCAAAAACAACGAUGGAAAGUAUCACUGCCCUGUUCUCUACAACGUCUUCACAAAUAACUCUCACUUUGUUGCCAACAAGGUCACAGGAAAUGUGUUUUCCUACGAGGCUGUUGAGCAACUAAACAUCAAGACCAAAAGUUAUAAAGACCUGCUGACUGAUGACCCCUUCACUAGAAAGGAUAUCAUAAUGCUUCAGGACCCCACCAACCUGGAUAAGUUCAAUGUGUCCAACUUUUUUCACGUAAAGAACAACCUCAAAGUGCUGGAUCCAGAUGAGGAAAAGGCCAAACAGGAUCCAGCAUACCACCUGAACAGCACCAACCUGGAAACAAGAGAGACCUUGGCUGAACUUUACAAAGAAUACAAAGGGGAUCAGCUCUUGGCCUCCACCAUGAAGGAGCCUGAAGCCAAAAAGACAGACAAACUAAAUGCUGCCCACUACUCCACAGGCCGAGUUUCUGCCUCCUUCACAUCCACGGCCAUGACUCCUGCAACGACACACGAAGCAGAUGCAAUUGCAGACGACACUGUGCGUUACCGGUACGUGAAGAAAAAAGGCUAUGUCCGUCUUCACACCAACAAGGGAGAUCUGAACUUUGAGUUGCACUGUGAUAAGGUUCCCAAAGCUGGGGAGAAUUUCAUCCGUCUGUGUAAAAAAGGCUACUAUGAUGAGACCAUCUUCCACAGGUCCAUCCGGAAUUUUAUGAUUCAAGGAGGGGACCCCACUGGUACAGGCACAGGUGGCGAGUCCUUCUGGGGAAAACCAUUCAAGGAUGAGUUUCGGCCCAACUUGUCUCACACCGGCCGGGGAAUUCUCAGCAUGGCUAACUCUGGUCCCAACACCAACAAAUCUCAGUUCUUUAUCACGUUUCGGUCAUGCAUUUACCUGGACAGGAAGCACACGGUGUUUGGAAGGGUUGUUGGUGGGUUUGAGACGCUCACAGCUAUGGAGAGUGUGGAGUGUGACCCCAAAACAGAUAAACCAAAGUCUGAGAUCAAGCUCAUCAGUACCACUGUGUUUGUGGAUCCGUACGAAGAGGCGGACGCUCAGAUUGCAGCUGAGAGAGAAAAGGAGCUGCAGAAACAGGAGGAGGAGAAGCAGCAGGCCAGCAUCACCCUGAAGAAGGCCAAGGAGGACCAGGCGCCUAAGACCUUCAAAGAAGGUGUGGGGAAAUACAUCAACCCGGCCACAGUAAAACGUCCAGUUGCUGAAGAUGAAAGCGGGCCGUCCACCAGCGGAGCAUCGGCCAAGAAGUCCAAAGGAAAGACGAGCUUCGGAGAUUUCAGCUCCUGGUAGCUCCCCUGCCUUCAGGUUUCUGUAUAAAACAAGUCAGACUUCCUCCUGUUUUGUAUUAAGUAGACCCGGGUGUGUUAGUAUCUCAUGAAAAUAUCCAGUAAAGCUACUUUUUAUGGAC